ACAAGUUGUUAAUAUUUCAUGAUAUAAAUCGAUUAAAAAAAUGAAAUAUAUUUAAUAUUUUUUUGUAAUGUACAUGUUAUAUAAUAUUUGUAAUAAUAUAAUAAUAAUUGUGUGUAGUCACUAUGAUUGUAAAACAUACUUGUUGUAAUGGAAAAUCGAUAAGAUUUUGUUUUCACUUAUAUAAAUCGAAUCUUGCGUUUGUUCCAAAGUGCAAUCCAACAACAACAGAAGAUGUAAGGAAAUUAAAGGAAUUUAUCGAUAAACAUCAUCGUUUAUGCAUAUUAACCGGAGCAGGAAUAUCCACAGAAAGUGGGAUCCCUGAUUACAGAUCGGCAGAAGUAGGUCUCUAUGCACGAAGCAAUCAUAAACCAAUUCUUUAUAAAGAAUUUUGCAACAGUGAGGCAAUAAGAAGACGAUACUGGGCUAGAAACUAUGUAGGAUGGCCAAGAUUUUCUUCUCUUAAACCAAACAUUACACACGAGAUACUAAGAGACUUGGAAUAUGUUGGAAAGGUAGAAUGUAUAGUUACACAGAAUGUAGACAAUUUACAUUCAAAGGCAGGAAGUAAAAAAGUAAUAGAGUUGCAUGGAACAGCAUUCAGAAUUAUGUGCUUUAAUUGUGAUCAUAAGAUAUAUAGACAUGAACUUCAAGAAGUUUUUCAAAAACUCAAUCCAUCUAUGGUUGCAACUACUCAGAUGAUAAGACCUGAUGGAGAUGUAGAAUUAUCGCAGGCUCAAGUUGAAAAUUUUAAUGUUCCUGCUUGCGAUAACUGUGGUGGUAUUUUGAAACCAGAUAUAAUAUUUUUUGGCGAAAAUAUUCCACGCAAUAUAGUAGAAAAAGUAAAAAAUAAUAUCGAAAAUUCAGAUGCUUUACUAAUUUUGGGAACGAGUCUUGCUACAUUCUCUUCAUAUAGAAUUGUGUUGCAAGCAGUUGAAGCCAACAAACCAAUUGCAAUAGUAAAUAUUGGCAAAACUAGAGCUGAUGAAUUUAUGAACUUAAAACUGGAAGGAAGAUGUGGAGACAUACUUUCAAAGGUCUGGCAACUGAAUGCAUCAAACAAUUCUAUAAGAUGAUGAAAAAUGUGAAUAUCUUUGAAAUAUCAAAUAAUAUAUAUAACUUAUUAUAGACAACUUAUUCAAUAUUAAUAA